CCGUCUGCUCCCUGCUAGAGGAUUUUUUGGGAGGCUGCCGGAGAUACCUUGCCCGGGACAGAAGAAAGGAUGAAGCUGCACGUGGUCCUUCUGCUGGGGCUGCAGAUGCACCUGGCGACCUCUCUCAACCCCAGCGACCCCAAUGUUUGCAGCUAUUGGGAAAGCUUCACCACGGCGACGAAGGAGUCCUAUGCCCACCCCUACGCUCAGGCCUCCAAGGACUCAUGUGAUGGAACCUGGAGUUUCCUCAAGCCGUGCACCCAGCACAAGAUUGUGUACAAGACAGCAUACCGACAGGCGGUGAAAAUUGACUACCGGAAGAGGUACCGCUGUUGCCAGGGCUACUACGAGAGCGCAGAUAUUUGUGUCCCCAGCUGUACCAAAGAGUGUGUCCACGGGAGGUGCGUGGCUCCCGAUCAGUGCCAGUGCGAACAGGGAUGGAGGGGCACAGACUGCUCCAGCAUGUGCGAUGGCCGGUCCUGGGGGCCCCGCUGUGAGAACCCCUGCCAAUGCGGCGAUGGGGGAGCUUGUGACCCCCUCACCGGAGCCUGUGUCUGCUCGCCCGGGUACAAGGACCCCAUGUGCAAAGUCCCCUGCGACCCAGGCACCUACGGGGAGGGCUGCCAGCUGGAUUGCUCCUGCAAGAACGCGCUCGAGUGCCAUGGAGAGACCGGGGCAUGUCUGUGUCAGCCGGGAUUCACCGGCACCUACUGCGAGGCCCAAUGCCCCAACACCUCCGACGGGCUCCAUUGCCCGGCUUACUGCCCCUGCCAGAACGGGGGCAUCUGCCACCCCCCAAACACCACCCACUGUGUCUGUCCUCCAGGAUGGAUGGGCACCAUCUGCUCCAUCCCGUGCCCCCAAGGGAGGUACGGCUCAGGCUGCCUGGGGGAGUGCCAGUGCCACAACAACGGGCUGUGCGACCCGGUCACCGGGCGUUGCCAGUGCGCUCUGGGCUACACCGGAGAGCGGUGCCAGGAGGAGUGCCCCAUCGGCAAGUACGGCCAGGACUGCGGCCAGGCAUGUGACUGCACCAACGGGGGCCGCUGCUUCCACAUCAACGGGGCCUGCCUGUGCGAGGCCGGCUUCUACGGGCCGCGCUGCGAGGAGCGCGAGUGCCUGGACAGCCUCUACGGCUUGGCCUGCCACCUGCCCUGCCUCUGCAGCCCCCAGCACAGCCAAAGCUGCCACCCCAUGAGCGGAGAAUGCACCUGCAAACCGGGCUGGGCGGGCCUGCACUGCAACGAGACCUGCCCCCACGGAUACUACGGGGCCAACUGCCAGGAGCCCUGCCUCUGUCUGAACGGAGGGACGUGUGAUGGGGCCACGGGGCUCUGCCACUGCGCCCCGGGGUACACGGGGGAGCAUUGUUCCAGCUACUGUCCCGCCGACACCUACGGCGUGAACUGCUCCAUGCAGUGUGCCUGCAAGAACGCCUUCGCCUGCUCCCCCAUCGAUGGCGCUUGCGUCUGCAAAGAAGGUUGGCACGGAGGGGAUUGUUCCAGCCCCUGCCCCGCCGGCACCUGGGGCCCCGGGUGCAACGAGACCUGCCGGUGCGCCAACGGCGCCGCCUGCAGCCCCGUCAGCGGGACGUGCUCCUGCGCUGCCGGCUGGCACGGCAGCAGGUGCCAGGAGCCGUGCACAAACGGUGCCUACGGGCCCGGCUGCAGCAGUCAAUGUGACUGCAGCCACGCGGACGGCUGCUCCCCCGUCACAGGACAGUGCCACUGCCGGCCGGGAUGGACAGGGCCCCGCUGCAGCCUGGUCUGUGACCACGGCUUCUGGGGGCGGAACUGCAGCCAGCCCUGUGCCUGCAAGAACGGAGCCGCCUGCUCCUCAGAGGACGGGAGCUGCAGCUGCGCGCCCGGGUACCGCGGCCCCGCCUGCCAGCGCCCCUGCCAGCCCGGGCGUUACGGCAAGAAGUGCGCGAUGCCCUGCCGAUGCUCCAACUACUCCACCUGCCACCACGUGGACGGCUCCUGCGACUGCUUCCCCGGGUGGACGGGCAGCGACUGCUCACAGCCCUGCCCGCCCGGCACGUGGGGAGAGGCCUGUGGCCGCACCUGCCAGUGCCCAAACGGAGGCCGGUGCAGCACCGUGGAUGGGACUUGCUCUUGUCCGGCCGGCUUGACCGGCAGACACUGCUCGGAAGGCUGCCCCCUGGGGAGCUACGGGGAGAGCUGUGCCCAGGCAUGCCAGUGCCAGAACGAAGCUCAGUGCGACCCAGCGACCGGGAGAUGUCUGUGCUCCUCCGGGUACACCGGCGCCCACUGCGAAACCAGGAGCCCCGAGCACCCCUUCACCAUGGUGCCAGCUGUGCCGAUGGGGUACAGCUCCCUGGGGGCGAUCAUUGGCAUCAUCGUCCUGGUGAUCCUGCUCGUGGCGCUGCUGGUGUUUUUCCUGUGCUACCGGCACUGGCAGAAGGGCAAAGAGAAUAGACACCUGGCCGUGGCCUACACCACGGGGCAGACGGACAGCUCGGAGUACGCGGUGCCAGACGUCCCACCCAGCCACACGCACUACUACUCCAAUCCGAGCUACCACACCCUGUCGCGGUGCGUGCCGACCUCCCCCGCCCCCAACAGCCAGGACAGGGCGAGCUCCCUCAAGGUGCCCUGCAACCAGCACUUCUCCAACAUAAAGAACGUGGCCUACGGGCCGGACUGUAAUGCCUCGCUGCCUGCCGACUGGAAGCACCACGGGGUGCCGGCGCUGAAGCCACGCGAGCGGGGGGGCAGCCCCAUGGACCGCAGCUACAGCUACAGCAACAGCCUGGGGAAGUACUACAGCAACGACUACAUCAAGGAGGAGGCCCUGCGCGCCAGCAACAGCUCGCUGAACAGCGAGAACCCCUACGCCACCAUCAAGGACCUGCCCGAGCUCAUGGCCAAGCCCUCGGAGGGCAGCUACAUGGAGAUGAAAUCCCCCGCAAAGCGAGAAAUGUCCUACGCCGAGAUCGGGCUCUUCGAGGAGCCAGCCGCCGGCUCCAGGGCAGAAGAGAGUUGCCCCCCGGGGGCAGAAGGUGUGUCUCCAGCAGCCCCCAGCAUCCCCCCCAACCAUUACGACUCCCCCAAGAACAGCCACAUCCCCAGUCACUACGACAUGCCACCUGUCCGGCACUACCCUCCAUCCCCGCCACUCCGGAGGCAGGACCGGUGA